CGCAUUUCUCCUCCUUACACGAGGCAUCACAACAGCGUUUCACCAGCCAACGCCGGUCAGCUGCUGUUUGUGUAUGAGAAAUCGGUUGGAAACUUUCCUCAUGUCAGCACGUUGUAGGUGUCGCCACCGGCGCCAACCUUGUGUGAAUGCACUGAAAAGCUAAUUAUUUGCCUAUCACAGCAUCUUCUUCCUGUCGGUUAAAUUUUGCGUCUGUAGCACGUCAUCUUCGUGGUGUAGCAAUUUUAUUGGCGAGUAGUGUAGAAAGAAACUGAAGCAGCAGCUGUAAAACGUCGGUUUGUCGCGGUGGCAGUUAACGCCACGCGAGUGCCUCGAGCUGUGUCAGACACUGCCGGAAGGCGGCGCGCAGCGUUCCCCGGUGUCACGCAGCGCGUGUGACGUGAGAGCAGCCCGUGGCCGGCUCCCGGGACUGAUUAGCCGUAUCAGCAGCGCAGCUGAUACCGCCAGUACCGGCGGCCACGCCUGCAGGCGCCUUCACCCCUCGCCGAGUGCAGCGCUGAUGAGCCGGCAGCCGACGCGCUGAGCCGCCAGAUGGAGUGGAUUACGGCGGUGCUGUCGCUGGUGGCGCUGGCGCUGGUGGCGUUCCUGGCGGCGCGCGCGCGCUACUACGGCUACUGGGCGCGGCUGGGCGUGGCGUCGACGCGGCCGCGGCUGUUCCCGCUGGGAGACACGUGGGCAGCCGCGCUGCGCCGGCGCUCGCCGGGCGAGGCGCUGGCCCGCCUCUACCGCCGCCUCGCGCCGCUGCCCGCCGCCGGCGUCUUCCUGCGCACCACGCCGGCGCUGCUCGUGCGCGACCCGGACGUCGUCGCCGCCGUGCUCGACACCAACUUCGCCUGCUUCGCCGACCGGCACAUGAGGACCCGCGACACCGACUCCUUGCUGCGCGCCAACGACCUGUCGCUGAUGCCGGGCGGCGACGGGCGCUGGGCGUCCCUGCGCGGCCGGCUGGCGGCGGCCGUGUUCGGCGACGCGCGCACCGAGGCCGCCUUCCCCAGCCUGGCCGCCGUGGCGGGCCGCCUCGCGCAGUCGCUGCGGCGCGCCGCCGGCAUCGUCGACGUGCACGACUACGCCACGCGCUUCGCCAUCGACAUCGCGGCCUCCGCCGUCUUCGGACGACCCUGCGACGCCCUCGCACGUCCCCAGAACGAUUUCUCGCGCUGGGUGAAAGACAGGAAGAACCCGCUGGCGGAGUACUUCCUGGAGGCGAUGGUGAUGGACACGGUCAACUACCGAGCACUCACGGGCACUCGCCGCGCCGACUACCUCCAGCUUCUCAUCGAUGCCACCAAGAGCAGCAACCAAGAUGGAGUUCGGUUCAGACCGCGGCAACCUAGCGGCCCGGCGGCCACGGUGGCGGAGGCUGCGGGCCCCGCCGAGAGCUUCCGGCUGGGCGGCGUGGAGCUGCGCGCGCUGCCCGUCUGGUACCUGGACUCCGGCGUCGAGACGGUCGCGUCGGCGCUCGCCUUCUGCCUGCACGAGCUGGCGCUCGACGCGCCGGUCCAGGCGGCGGUGCGCGCCGAGGUGGACGCCACCCUGCGCCAACACGACGGGCAGCUCAGCUACGCCGCCGUCAAGCACCUCCCCUACCUGGACACCGUGAUCGCCGAGACGCUGCGGAAGUACCCGCCCGUGGAGACGGUGACGCGCGUCACCAACGGCGAGUUCCGGGUGCCGGGCUUCUCGGCGACGCUGCCGCGCGGUACGCUGGUGCUGGUGUCCGUGCUGGGGCUGCACCGCGACCCCGCCUACUUCCCAGACCCAGACCGCUUCGACCCCGACCGCUUCCGCGAAGACGUUCGCAAACGCCGCCACCCCUACGUCUACCUUCCUUUUGGCGCGGGGCCACGGGCUUGCUUCGGGAACGAGCUUGCUUUGCUGAUCCUGAAGAUGGCGAUAGCUGCAAUUCUUUCAGAGGUGGAACUUCGAGUAUGUUACCGAACCAAGAUGCCACUCAGGAUUGAUCCUACACGCAAGAUCAUGACACCGAAGGGUGGAGCAUGGCUUAACGUUCUUCCCCGCGACUGAGUUUGUGCCUUAACAACGAGGCUACAACAAAGAUAGAAAUGACAGAGCAUAAAGCCAUGUCACUCCACCAAAUGUGUUAAAAGUCAAAUGUUCUACGUAACUUGUCCACGCUUAAUUGCAUUCAAUUUCUACGGUUUAAUCAUAAAUAUUUUUAUAUGUGUUUUGUGAUUUAGUUUUAAUUGUUUUUUUUUCCUCUUCUCUUUGUCUAUGGUAAGCAAUAAUCACUUUCGAAGAAGUUUUGGUGAUACUACUAUGUACCUCUACACUUACUCAUAAAGUGCAAUUUUUCAAUA